AUGUCCAAGCCGCAGACCGGAACUCUGCCCCUGAUACCGCUCGCACGAGGCACCAUCCUCCUCCCCGGUCUCGUCCAGCGCAUUCCAGUCUCGUCCAACCGACCCGACGUCCCCGCCCUCCUCGCCCACGUCUACGAGCAGGCCGCCACCAAGGGCCCCGACACGCGAAUCGAUAGCAUCCCCAUCGGCUGUGUCCCCAUCUCGUCACCUCUGGUCGGCCCCAAUGGCCAGCGUCUCAUCGGCGAUGCUGAGGACAUAGAUCCUGCAGAGAUUGAAAAUGUUCUUCCCGGAUCUGCGCGCAAGGAGGACCUCUACAACUUUGGUGUCGAGGCCAAGAUCAUUGGCAUCGAUGGAAGAGGUACCGGGGAGUUCGCCUUGCGCGUUGAAGGCGUCACGCGAAUCCGUAUCGAUAGCUUCACUAGAGAGCGUCCUUAUUUUGAAGCAAAGGUUACAUUCUUUAAAGAAGACACCACCACUCCUCCCGAUAAGCAACUACAAGACCUCUUCAACCUUUUGAAAACGCGAUCCCGUGAACUCGUCACCAUUCUAAGGAUUUCCUCUCUUCUCCCCCGAACCAAGGCUGGACCAGUACUUUCGCCAGUGCUUACACGACGACUCGAGAUGCUCAUCAUGAGGAGGGAGCUCAAGGAAGCCGGUCUUCUCGCCGAUUUCAUGGCCAAUCUGGUCGAGAGCACGCACGAGGAGAAGCUCGAGGUUAUCGCCGCUCUGGAUGUCAAGGUGCGCCUCACCAAGGUCAUUGAACUGUUGGAGCGUCAGGUUGGCGGCAUCAAGAAUAACUUCAAGAUCACUACUUUCACCACAAUGCCCGUCCAAAUCCUCGACCGGUUAAACGAGGACCAGCAGCGAAAAACAGGCCCUAUUCCCAACAUUCCCGGCAUUACCUUUGUGCCUCCCGGCGCUCAGAUGCCCGGCGGCCACGACCAAAAUAACGAUGAAGAGGCCAACGAGCUCGAUGAACUCAAACGCAAGCUUCAAAAUGCAAAGCUCCCCGCAGAGUCCGCCAAGACGGUAGAGAGGGAGAUGCGCCGACUCCAGAAGAUGCAGCCCAUGAACCAGGAAUACCAAGUCACCCGAAACUGGUUGGAAACUCUGGCCGAAAUUCCCUGGACAGCCACGACUGAUGACCGCCUCGGUCCUGACACCCUGCACAAGGCAAGGAAGCAGCUAGAUGAGGACCACUACGGACUGGAUAACGUCAAGAAGAGGCUUAUUGAGUACCUGGCCGUUCUGAGACUGAAACAAUCCAUCAAUGAUGAUGUCGACGAGAAGAUAAAGCAGGCGGAGGAGGAAGCCCAAGCUGAAGCGCGUCACCAGCAAGAGAAGGAGAAGGAGAAGAGGGAAGAGGGAGAGAAAGAAGAGACGGCCGACGCAAGCUCAGAAGUCGAGGCCGUGAAGCCCGAUGUAGCCAAGCUUCAGAUUCUCAAGUCCCAGCGUAUGGUGGACAAGUCUCCCAUCAUGCUUCUAGCAGGACCUCCAGGUGUGGGCAAGACAAGUCUUGCGCGGUCAGUGGCUACGGCCCUGGGCCGCAAAUUCCACCGCAUUUCGCUCGGAGGCGUCAGAGAUGAGGCCGAGAUCCGUGGUCAUCGAAGAACCUAUGUUGCGGCCAUGCCUGGUUUGAUCGUUCAGGGGCUAAGAAAGGUGGGUGUUGCCAACCCCGUCUUCUUGCUCGACGAGAUCGACAAGAUUGGACAAGCCAGCAUCCACGGCGAUCCCUCAGCUGCCAUGCUCGAGGUUCUUGACCCCGAGCAGAACCACUCGUUCCAGGAUCACUACGUCGGCAUGCCAAUUGAUCUUUCCAAGAUCCUCUUCAUCGCCACUGCCAACAGCCUGGAGACUAUUCCCGCCCCUCUCCUGGAUCGAAUGGAGACCAUCUACAUCCCCGGCUACACCACUCUGGAGAAACGCCAUAUUGCCAUGCAGCAUCUGGUGCCCAAGCAGAUCAGGGUCAACGGACUUGCCGAGACCCAGGUUGCUUUCAACCAGGACGUUGUGUCCAAGAUCAUCGAGUCUUACACUCGUGAAUCCGGAGUCCGUAAUCUUGAGCGUGAGAUUGGAUCCGUUUGCCGUGCCAAAGCUGUGGAGUUCGCCGAGGCCAAGGACGGGGGUCACAUUGAAGAGUACCGCUCGGAUCUUACAGUGGAGGAUAUUGAAAACAUAUUGGGCAUUGAGAAGUUCGAGGAGGAGAUUGCUGAAAAGACAAGCCGCCCGGGCAUUGUGACGGGUCUCGUCGCCUAUAGCACCGGUGGCAAUGGCAGCAUCCUCUUCAUCGAGGUUGCUGACAUGCCCGGCAACGGACGAGUCCAGCUAACAGGAAAGCUGGGCGACGUUCUCAAGGAGAGCGUCGAAGUGGCACUAACAUGGGUCAAGGCACAUGCUUUCGAGCUGGGCCUUACACCAGAGCCAACAACUGACAUCAUGAAGGAGCGCAGCAUCCACGUACACUGUCCUUCGGGAGCCAUUCCCAAGGAUGGUCCCAGCAGUGGCAUCGGCCAGGCCAUUGCACUCAUCUCCCUCUUCUCGGGCAAGCCGGUGCCACCGACCAUGGCCAUGACGGGCGAGAUUUCUCUCCGGGGCCGAGUCACAGCCGUCGGAGGUAUCAAGGAGAAACUCAUCGGCGCCCUCCGAGCGGGAGUCAAGACGGUGCUACUACCGGCUCAAAACCGAAAGGACGUCAAAGAUCUACCGCAGGAGGUCAAGGAUGGACUCGAGAUCCUCCAUGUCAACCAUAUCUGGGAGGCCAUCCGCCUUGUUUGGCCAGAUUCGCAAUGGGCCGAUGACAGCAACUACCGAGGCAUCGAGAGCCGACUGUGA